GCACGGCUUAUCCUGAACGCUUCCUUCUCAAACUUUUCUGUUAGUUUAUGUAAUGCAUUCAAUUGUACUUUUUGUGUAACAUUUAUAGGUUCAAUAUAUCUAGCUCUAUGAUGAACCUCCAACACAUUUUAGCCGGUACAGUUCUUGUACGAUGGACAUACAUUCAAGACAUGCGAUAUGCAAGAAGCAUCUCAUUCUGAGGGAUUUUGAACUUGCUCACAGCAAUCCACUUCUAAGUCAACGUUUCCAGACACUGACCCCUACGACACAAACUCGUCAGAAUUUGUCUUGUAUAAGUCUUUAGGCAUUGUAGACAUUGGCUCAACAAUGCCUCCUGUCAACCCCCAACAACAGCAGCAGCAACAACAGCAACAACAACAACCUGUCAAUGCUGAUGCCGCACGCAACAACAAUAAUAACCCUAACCCCUUACUCAAUGUCAGGGACAGGCUAUUUCAUGCCCUGUUCUUCAAGAUAGCGAUCACAUACGCACGGGCCUUCCCACCAUCAGUACGGCGCUUUUUUGAAUUUGCAAUAUUGAUUAAGGCAUUGACAGCCUUGUUUGUGUUGGCGUAUAUACAUAGUACCUUUUCUCGUACACCCAUCAACUGUCUGGUAGAUUACCAGGAGGUUUGGCCUCGUGAUGGUAUCUUGCGGGUGGAGAUUGUUCACAACAGAACCAGUCCGCAAGCGUUCUCCAUUUAUAACAAGAAGGGACGGACCGACAGCCAGACCAGUACCAGUACAGAAACGUAUGAGGAUGACCUUAAUGGAUUCAGUCGGGUUCCCAUGUUUUGGGAGUAUCCUGGCAAGGAAAGCACCAAGGAACCAGACAGUGUCCAACCCUCAGCAGACGAAGCCAAUGUGACUGUAGACAUCAUGGUGACAGAAAAGCCAGUCAAGAACAUGCAACCAUUCCGAGAGACAGUGUCUGAAUUUGAAAUGUUCACCAGAGCAGUAUGGCCUGCAGAUGAAUACAUCAUGGAGUAUUCCUUAGAGUAUGGAUUCCUUCGAUUAUCCUCCAGUACCAGAGAGAAACUUGGUAUUCCAGUCAUGGUUGUGCAGUUAGAUCCUACCCAGGAUGCGUGCUUUGGAGAUUCUCUGAGUCGAUUCUUCCUGGAGGAAUUUCUUGGCUAUGACGAUAUCUUGAUGUCUAGCGUCAAGAGUUUGGCUGAGCAUGAAGACAAUAAAGGUUAUUUGCGUAAUGUUGUAACCGGUGAACAUUAUCGAUUUGUCAGUAUGUGGAUGGCUCGGACAUCUUACAUUGCUGCUGGGUUUAUCAUGCUCAUCUUUACCAUCUCCAUAUCAAUGCUGCUUAGAUACUCUCACCAUCAGAUCUUCGUUUUCAUUGUGGAUUUACUGCAGAUGUUAGAGAUGAACACUGCCAUAGCAUUCCCUGCAGCCCCUCUGCUUACAGUCAUUUUAGCUCUUGUUGGAAUGGAGGCGAUAAUGUCAGAAUUUUUCAACGAUACAACAACAGCAUUCUAUAUCAUUUUGAUUGUAUGGGUUGCUGACCAAUACGAUGCAAUUUGCUGUCACACCAACAUCAGCAAGAGACAUUGGCUUAAGUUUUUCUAUCUCUACCAUUUUGCAUUCUAUGCCUACCAUUAUCGAUUCAAUGGUCAGUACAGCGGUUUGGCGUUAAUCACUUCUUGGUUAUUUAUUCAGCAUUCCAUGAUCUACUUUUUCCACCACUAUGAGUUGCCAACUAUUCUACAUCAGGCUAGGAUCCAGUUACUCCUUCAACGCAAUCAACAUGGAGGGAUGCAUGGAGCAGGUCUCAAUGCUAACCUGAACCUCAACCUUCAGGAUAACAUACCCCCUGACAUACCCGCUGAUGAUGCCCAGGCGACACCACAAGUUGGUCCCCAGGUCGGUCCCCAGGUCAACACCAACAGCAAUGUGAAUAGUGUUGGUACUAACAUCCAAGACCAAGCAGCAACUGUCCCCAGUAGGCAUCAAGCGCAGGCACCAGCCGCAGCAGUACCUCGAGUGGUCAACCCUACCAUUUGGCAGUUCCACAUAGGAUCCAUGCUUAGACAACGAGUGGUCGUCCCUGCCCAAGCAACUCACCGGUACCCGCCAAACACCGGUUCCAAUCCCCCUACCACUUCACCACAUGUAAUAGUCGUCAACUCAAAUAAUUCUACAGGACCGCCACAGAGUGCAUCAAUUUCAGUAACAGAACAGCCAAUCAAUGAGCAAAAUAGUACAGCCAGUACCUCCACUGAAGGACAAAGUAACAACGUACAACCAUCCACAAAUAAACCUAGUGAAUCUUUGACUGAGAGUCCUACACCAUCACAAAGUGAUUCCAGUUCUACCUUGCCAGUUGAUAAGGAGAGCCCAGCUGAGAACUCAACUACGACCAAUGUAGGACCUACAUUGAGUAACUCAUUGAAUGGUGGAACGAGUGUUUGACUCAAGAAAUGAGCCAGUGCGUAAGUGUAAGUGUAAGUCAUGUGUGUAACUCCUUAAGCAACUGCAGCUAGCCAGCAUUGGAAUGAAGUGGACUAGCCUGUUACUCAUUUCGGAUUAGUUGAAGAACACAGAAAGACCGUUUCAGAGUCCAACUUCCUGGUCUUCAUCGUUUUACAUGCAGGCUGAGUUCUUACAUGUGGACUUUGGAAAUGUCCGAAAGAGAAUUUCUCCAGAAAAGUUUAACUUUAUAGUCUGGAGGCAGUGCUCCAUCCCACUGCAUUAUUUUGCAUAUUUGUCCAAUUUAUAUCCCCUGAACUGCUGCGUCUCAAACAAAUAUGCUUUCUCUGUGAUGUAACGAAUCAGUGAUAUCUUUUGCAUAUUUACCACUCAUUCCCAUGAAUUAAGUAAUUUGACGUACAACGUGAAGCACUACAAACAUUAUGCAUGUAAGAUAAAACACUAUUUUUGUGCAAUCAAAUGUAAAUUUCAUUUCGUUGAAUGAAAGCAACAUGCUGUUUGGAGGAACAUUUUGUGGCAUUAAUUUCUAGAUUUAUAUCUCUGAUUUCUUUGCUUGAACUCUGUGGGUGCUGUAGAGUCUCAUUCAUUAAAGUCAUGUUUCUGUCAAGGUGUUCUUUCCUAUAAAAAUCAUUGUUUAUCACAGAAGGAAAGAUGAAUCCAAGGGUUUUUCUCAAAGUCAGCUUCAUCUUUCUCAGAUUUCAGUUUCAUGAAUUUAGUUUUUUAAAGUUGAGAACCUUGAGCUCUGUGCUUCCUGCAUUAUCUGCCACAAAAAGAGUGAAUCAUCUUCAUACCGGGUAUAAGGCCACCAAAUGGGCACAAACUGAAAGUAUUGUCACAUGGGCAUUUAGUGGCUGGUUUCAGUCAAGUUUGGGUGUCUGUUGUAUCUCUUUUUGUCAUACUUGAGGAGUACCUGUCACCUGCCCAUACAAUUCCCACCCCUAAUUUCAUUAUUAAAAGAUGGAAACUAUCAAGACUUUGGAGUUGUUUACCUCACUGAUCUAUGUGUGCUAUUGCUACCUACAUGUAUUAACAUUUAAGAAUACCCAAUGACAUACACGUAUCAGGCAAGUGCUCUUCAGAUAUAUAUAAAGACAAAACUUUGCUUGGAUGGCUGUUCACUGUGCACAGAAACUCCACAGAGGUUAGAUUUUUAGUUUUCCUUGCUUGGUUAUAUAUAAUACAAGGUGUAGUGGAGAAAAUUCUGGAAGUAAAAUUGAGAAUUCCAUAAUCAGAGUUGUGAAAUACCCAAGUCUGUUUUAUUCUUUUUUUCUUCCUUUAUGUGACCAGAGUGCAUUCUUGGAAGAAUGUCACAUGUAGCAUACAUACAGAAGGUGCACUAGAUUGAUAUUGUGCAAAGACUGCCUUUGUAAAGAACCACAUCUGUCCGUCAUGUCUGUAGAUAUCUCUAUCAUUCAGAUAUUUCCAAAGGUAUGUGUCAUACCGACCUUGUGGAAAUAAUCUGCUUAAAAAUAAGUCUUGGUGUUUGUGGAAGCAUAUAUCUGCUGCUUGUAGUUACUCUCUUGUACUCUCUGGGAUAUCUGUUCAUUAUUUGCAAAUGUGUAGGAAGUUUGUAUGACAAAGCCCUGACUAUAUAGCCCAAUUCACGCAGCUGGUGUUGUUUUAGCUGUGAGCUAGAAAUGUUUGCAUUUCUUACCUAUUACAUACAAUGUUCUAAUAGUAGGCGAAACUGAAAAAAAAAGUAUUUACAGUCCAAAAACAAACUGUUUUUGAAAAUCCUCUUACAAUAGAUAAUGUUUAGUCCUGAGGCGUAUCCUGGAGACCAAGAAAAAGUCCCCAUUCUCUUGUCUAGAAGCAGUCAGGUUUGGAAAAAGCUUAUGAGAAAUUAGUCUUAGUUAUUUCCUUAUUAUAGAAUUGCAUAAAUGACAGAAACAUGGGUUGAAUCGAAUGAUUUGAAUAAUAAUGUUCAUGAUAACAUGGUUAUUCAUUGGUGCUUUUUGUUUUAUUCUAUUAAGUGUGUCUUAAUUUUGUAAAUAGAACAUCUGACUUUUUAAAUGUGAGAUGCAUCUUUUGAGCGUGAUCUGUGACGAUGUUAAAACACAUUGAAAUGUGAACUGAAAAUCUUCGUUUCGUAAAAGUUGGGUUGUGUCUGAUUCAUGGUUUCUUUUUAAUCGAACACACAUCUGGAUGCCAUGUUUGAAUAUGGAUGAAUAACUUGUUCAUACUGUAUGUGUACUGUACUGAAUCAGAUGGUCAGAAGUACAGUGUGAUUCUGAAUCACAUGAACACAUUCCCUUAUGGACAAUUUCAGCAUGACAACAGUAAAUUGCAUGGAAUUAGAGGUGGAUCCGUAAAUGGUGAAGGUCAUAAACACCCUCUGAAAUUCUGUUCAAACAAAUUUGCUCUAAAUCUUCCCAUUUCUUCGCUGAAAAUUUCCCCAUUGAUAUUAUAAUAUAUUUCCUUUUAAAAAAAAUUUUCUGUCAUUACAUUUGACCAUGAAUAAAUAUGGGCCAAGUUUCACUACUUUGGGUCCAUAAAUCCCAAGCAUGCCAGCACAUUAACCCUUACCCUCCUCACUCCUUCACCUGUUGGAGGACUGAGGAGUGUUAGGGUUCAACUUUAAUGUGGGUGGUGAUUUAUUAGUUAUCCAUGGACUUCUGCUCAAGUUAAUUUUGUGCCUUCUGGACAAGAAUAAGAGAAGAAUCUUGUAAUUCUGUUAUCUGUUGGAGACUUUGAAAUUAUCUACAUAAAUUUAUGUUUUUAAUUUGAAAUCUUUGUUUAAUUAUCCAUUCAAAGGCAUGCUACAUAGAUGUUUGUGGAUCAUUCGCUUUUUUGUUUAGUGAAUAAAAAAAUGACUAUUCA